AUGUCGAAGAAACUUUUCUUCCCUCAAUUGUCUCAUGAUUUGACCAAACUAAUCACGGACGAACGAUUCAGUGACGUGAUCAUUGAAACCGGUAGAGAUGAUGAUAAAAAUUCAUUCAAGGCUCACUCCUCAAUAUUAUACUGUCGUUCUCCUUAUUUACGCAAGGAAUUACUCAGGAAUGAAAAAAGUGAUGACCUUUUGAGAAUCGAUUUGAAUAUCCCUGUUAAAACCUUUCGGGCUUUGCUAAGUUACAUGUAUAACGGAUUGAUCCCAUUGGAUCAUUUGACGAUAUUUGAGAUCUAUCAAAUCUUAUUCGCUUCCGAAAAACUUGGAUUAAAAGAGUUGGUCAUUUAUAUACGAUCCUAUUAUUUGAAACCGUAUCAUAAAGAAUGGUUAAGGCAAAAUUUUGAAAUGAUUUAUCAUUCAAGUUUCAAGCACGAGUCCUUUCAAGAUUUACAACAAUUUUGUAUUAGCAUCUUGUUUCAGAAUCCAGAAUUGAUAUUGAAAUCAUUGGAUUCUUCCUCAAUGACCGAAGAUUCCUUGAUCUCAUUCCUUAAACGUGAUGAUUUGAAGAUUGAUGUGAUCGAGGUUUGGGAUUUCGUGAUUAGGUGGGGGAUAUCAAAAGAUCCACGAUUAUUAAAGGAUCCUUCCCUUUGGUCGAAUAACGAUUUCAAAACGUUUGGGAAAACUUUGCAAAAAGUUCUACCAUUGAUCAGAUUUCAUGAGAUGAGUCGUCAACAAUUUCUAGAAAGGAUACAACCGUUUCAACAAAUUUUUGAUCCAAAGGUCUAUGACUCGGUGAUGAUGAGAUAUUGUAUGAUACCUAGCAUCCAAGGAGAACUUACGGUGUUUCCAAUCACUCGAGGAAUUCUCGAUUCAACCCUUAUCACAAAAAAACAUGCGGCAUUGAUCGAUUUUUGGAUUAGACAAAUCGGAAAGGGGGAGGAUCUGAAGAAUUCGAUAUUAAGUCGAGUCAAACGUGCGGGUACCGCGAUAAAUUAUGAAGAUUAUCUUGGACCAUCCUUUGGUUUUGAUGACAUUACGAUUAAUGGGGAGAAUUUUAGGGAGGAGCGUAAAUGUUACUGUAGCAAGCACUGUUAUGAGAAAGAGAUUAGGAAUGUGAAGGAUUACUUUUCGCUAGAUGAUUACGAGGUGUUUCAGAUUCAAAUGAAAGUUUAA